AGAUGAAGAGACUAUCGGGUGCUUUCAUACAGGGAAUACGAACUGUAUCAAGAGCCGAAAGCGUCUGUCGCGUUAUUGGAAGGGGAGGUCGAAGAAUGGAACCCUUGUUUGUGCGGUCAUUUUCGACAGGGUCUGCGUCCCGUUUCGAACGAGUAGAGACGAUUCUUCGAUCGAAAUAUGCUCGUCUUCUGUCAUUUACAAGUGGACUGGGAUUAUCGAUGGGCGGAUUGAGCUACGCUGGCUUCAUGGGGUUUGGGAGCGGUUCAUCGAAUCAAAAGAAUGUAACGAGGUUGAUGAAGGAUUUGGAAGCUAUCCGAGAGAAGUACCCUGACAUCAAAGCGUCUCCCGUUGCAAGUGGCAAAGAGGAAAAUGUGUUGAUGAUUUCCUUCAGCUUUUCAGCCUAUUUGAAUUUCUUCGAUCUACUUUCGACACUUUCAAGUUUACUGAAUGAAGAGGGUCCCGUCUCACUUCAGGAAAUCAAGCAAGAGCGCGGUACUUUAGUUGUUACUUUAAUUUACGGCGAUGGACAUCGCUCCGUCGAGGUGCUAUACAACGGUCGUGAAGGCCGCAUCUCCUUCUUUGCAGACGACGAUUUCACCACGCACGACACACAAAUCAUUUCCACCCUUUACGAGCAAACAUUGCAGACACUCUCGUUCCUAUUCCCGCGGGUAUUCACAUCUAGCUCAGCUACCUCCACGACCAAUGAGAAUUCUCAGCUCUCCAAAACGAUCCGAAGCCUGGAAGGUCUGGGCGUGGAAGUGUACGUUCCCAAAUCGCACGCUUCCGACGAUUCUGCAUGGGACGAAAUCGCUGGGUACGACGAUCUAAAGAAAGAAAUCCACGACUCGGUGCUGCUCUCGAUUCGCUACCCCGAGAAAUACCGAGAAAUCGCGCGGAAAACGCGGCGCAAUUACUCCUCCCCCAUUCCGCGCGCGCUGCUUUUUGAAGGCCCUCCCGGCACGGGGAAAACGUCGAUCGCGCGCCUGAUCGCGCGGGAGAGCGGGUCGAUUUUAGUACACGUUCCGCUGGAAAGCAUCGUGGAUAAAUAUUACGGAGAAAGCGAGAAGCGACUCAGCUCGAUUCUGAAGCUGUGCGGAGAGAUCGAUGACGCGAUUAUCUUUAUUGAUGAGGUCGACAGUCUGGCCACAAGUCGCGAUAAUGAUCAGAUGAAUGAGGUCACGCGCAGAUUGCUGUCGGUGCUGCUGCGCUUCCUCGAGGGGUUCAACGCCAAUAAUGAGGAGGCGGGGAAGAAUGGAAGCAAUGGCGAGAGCGGGAAGAGAGAAACCGCGCCGAAACACAACAUUCUGAUCUGUGCCACCAAUCGCAAGCACGACCUCGAUUCGGCAUUGCUGAGCCGAUUCGACGUGCAGCUCCAUUUCCCUCUCCCGGAUGUGGAGGCGCGAAAGCAGAUUUUUGCGUGCUAUGCGAAGCAGCUUAGCGAGGAGGAACGACAGCAGCUGGCCGAGCUCUCCGAGGGAAUGAGCGGACGAGACAUCCGCGACAGCUGCGAGAUCGCCGAACGCUCCUGGGUGUCGAGCUGCAUCCAGAAAAAGCAGAAGGUGAGCGUUCCGCCUCUCGAGCAAUAUGUGGAUGCUGUGAAUCGAAGAGCGACCCAGAUCCACACGUGAGGACGCUGGAGUGUCGGGGUAUACUGGGAAGUGGACUGGAAACGCGGAGGAAUGCGUUU